AUGGCCACCUUGGCCUCAUCACCCCCGACCUCGCCAACAUGGCCGAAGCGGCGCCCUCGCACCUGGGCACUCCGCUGUGAACGCUACUGCUGCGCCGCGGCCAGCUGCUUUCCUCUCUUUUUCGUCUACGGCCUGACAACUUGGGCCGUUUAUGUCGAGGCCAGUAUUGGCUUCAAGGAGUCACGGAGUGACUGGCUUGGUCUUCCUAGUACGAUACUCGGCGUCUUCUUUUACUGCAUGCUCAAUGCAUCAUAUACCGUCGCCGUCUUCACUGAUCCCGGUUCACCACAAUCGAUCCGUCGCGGAAAUGCCCGCGGACAAUACAGCGCCUUGCCUGUUACCGAGACCCCCGAGUUCACUUCUUACACCGUCAGUUCAACCGGCGGAUCGCGAUACUGCAAGAAAUGCAUGUGUCCGAAACCAGAUCGCGCACACCACUGCUCAACAUGCAAACGUUGUGUCCUGAAGAUGGACCACCACUGCCCCUGGCUGGCAACCUGCGUCGGACUACAUAACUACAAGGCGUUCCUUUUAUUCUUGAUCUACACAUCCUUGUUUUGCUGGGUUUGCUUCGCUACAUCAUCCAUAUGGGUUUGGACGGAGAUUCUCAACGACACGCGCUACAUGGACACAUACCUCCCCGUGAACGUGGUUCUAUUGGCGAUUUUGGGCGGCAUUAUCGGUCUUGUCCUAUCAGGAUUUACAGCGUGGCAUAUCAGCUUGGCUGUCAGAGGCGUAACCACUAUUGAAUGUCUCGAGAAGACACGAUAUGUUUCACCGCUGCGCAAAGCGCUCGAGCGACAGCAUUUCGACCCAGGAUCCAACGGCCACGGCGCCGGUCACGAUGAAGAGAGCCUAACGCAACGACUACAAGGCUACGGGAAUCAGAUCAUCGAUGCCCACGCGAACGCCAUUCCCGGCGUAACCCGAGCCGAAGAAGGCGAAGAGCGCCUCUCCCCAGCACCCUAUGGACCAGGCCAGGGCCCGACUCUCGGCUCCGCAAGCAACAACCUCACACCCGCCCAGCAAGCGCUGACCCGCUCAUACGCGGAGAACGAGCGACAACGAGAGCACGAGCGAUACCAACAGUAUCUAAAUGACGAAGACAGUGAGAAGAUGCCCAAUGCAUUCGAUCUCGGAUGGCGCCGCAACCUCCUCCACCUUUUCGGCGAUCGUUCACUUUACUGGUUCGUUCCGGUCUGCAACACAACUGGCGAUGGAUGGCGCUGGGAGCCAAGUCAGCGUUUCCUCGAGUCCCGCGACCGCCUGCGUGAUGAUCGCGAGCUGGCCGCCUCGGAAGAGCAGCAGUAUUAUCGAGAUCUAUACCAGCGUAACAUGGACAAUAGCCGCAGCUGGAUCGGCGGUGCCAGUAACGGCGCUGGCGCCGCUCAGCCAGGUUGGACCGCCAAUCGCGGGCGACAGGAUAUUCCCGAGCGUCCUCCGACUAGUGUGUCGAUGCAAACGCUCGCGCCUGCAUCGCCGCGGCCUAGGCCCGGAGACAGUGACUUUGAAGACGACGUUGAGGGGAAUGGAUUGCUGGAUCCUGAGGAGGCAGGGCGUCGAACACGCAAUAGAGAAACGGACGAAUGGCGUGAUUGGGAUUGA